AUGGCCAUGGAGUUGACAAGAGUGUCUAUCUUGGUGCUCUUUCUGCUGGUGGUGUGUGGAUCAUCUAAUGCCAAAGUUGAGGAGGAGAACCCGGAGUUCUGGAGGUCACAGGCUCGGAAGACUUUACAAACAGCAUUGGACAGGAAGCUGAACACCAAUGUGGCCAAGAACAUCCUGUUUUUCCUUGGAGAUGGUAUGGGAAUCACAACCUACACAGCAGCUCGUAUCCUCAAGGGACAGCUGCAGAACAAGACAGGAGAGGAGACAGUGAUGACCAUGGACACCUUCCCCAAUGUGGGCUUGGCUAAGACCUACAGUGUGGACUUCCAGAUUCCAGACAGUGCAGCCACAGCUACUGCGUAUCUGUGUGGAGUGAAAACCAACCUGAACACCGUUGGAGUCAGUGCAGCUGCUCGCAACGGUGCCUGCAAGACUCAGAAGGGCAAUGAGGUCACAUCCAUCCUGAAGUGGGCCAAAGAUGCUGGCAAGUCUGUCGGCAUUGUCACAACCACACGGGUGCAACAUGCCACCCCAGCAACCACCUAUGCCCACAGUGCCAGCAGGAAGUGGUACAGUGACGCUGACAUGCCCGCUGCCGCCAAGAAAGACGGCUGCACCGACAUCUCCUCUCAGCUCCUCAAUAACACAGACAUAGAUGUGAUCAUUGGUGGUGGUAGAAAGUAUAUGACCCCUAAGGGCACCAAGGACCCAGAAUACCCCAAGGACUUUGCCUCCAGGGGCAAAAGACAAGACGGACGCAACCUCAUCAAAGAAUGGCAGAGCAUGAAAGUGGGAAAGGUAGCCCACUACGUGUGGAAUAAAACUGAUUUCGACACUGUUGACCCUGAAAACACAGACUACCUCAUGGCUCUGUUUGAACCUGGUGAUCUGCGCUUCGAAACAGAGAGGGACCCAAGCAUGGACCCAUCCAUCGUCGAGACCACAGAAAAGGCCAUCCGCAUCCUCCAGAAAAACCCUAAAGGCUUCUUCCUGCUAGUGGAGGGUGGCCGUAUUGACCAAGCUCACCACAAUGGCCGGGCGUACAUGGCGCUUCAUGAGGCUGUAGCUUUCGACUAUGCCAUUGCCAAGGGCCUUGAACUCACCAAAGAGGAGGAAACUCUCACUGUAGUGAUGGCUGACCACUCCCACCCUUUUACCUUCAAUGGAUACCCAUUUCGAGGGCAGAGCAUUCUGGGUAAAUCUCCACUGUGGGCUACAGACAUGCUGCCUUACACCACGCUCAUGUACGGAAAUGGACCUGGACACAAAAUCAUCAAUGGCAAGCGUCCUGACAUCCGCAAUGUCAACACCAAAACUAAAGACUACGUCCAGCUUUCUGCGGUGCCCACAGAGUCAGCCACCCACAGUGGAGAGGAUGUGGCGGUGCUUGCCCGCGGACCCAUGGCCCACCUCUUCCAGGGCGUUAAUGAGCAGAGCUACGUCGCCCAUGCCAUGGGUUAUGCUGCAUGCGUGGGUGCAGACCUGAGGCACUGCCAGGGGCAAACUACGCCAGAUUUGGGUCACACCACCGUGACCAGCGAUAGGAAUGGGGCCGGGGGAGUCCAUGGCUCAGCAGUGUUGCUCAGUAGCCUCCUCAGUGCUCUGCUGGCACAUAUAGUUCUGAUGUAAGAACCCUGUUGAUCUCACUCCACUUGCGACAUCAGGGAGGUCAGAGGUCAGGGUCAUAGGAGGAGGAUUGGGCAGAGAUUCCAGUGACUCAAGGACACUUCAGCUGGGUGGAUGUGUGCAACUGUGCUUCUUGAACUUUGGUUACCUUGUCACUAGCAGAACAUCUGGUUAAGACAGAGAAGUAGGUUGUUAGUAGUAGUUUAUUGGUCUCAUUAAAGCAGAAACAAGUCUGAAAAUGAAAGUCUUACAACAUGAUGAAGGAAAAUGGGCUCCAAAUGAAGCAAUUAACCUAAGUGAAUGUAAAUUCAUCUUGUUUUUACUUCGACAGUUUAUUGAAUCCCUGUGUCAUACCAAUAAAGUAGUCCUUAGAUUGAGUUGGUUUAUUUCAUGGAAUUCUCAUCCCAGGACGUUUGAAGUAAUAGUUUAGCAUUUUGGGAAAUAUGCUAAUUAUUAUUACAAGGGGUUUCCAUGGGUUGCCUGGUUACCUCACAGUAAUGGAGGUUGCCAAACAAGAAGUAACUCCCUGUGAUUUUUUUUUUUAAAACUUUUGAGAGAGCCAGACUAGCCUGUUCUCCCUGCUUCAAGUCUUAAUGUUAAGCUAAGCUAAUCACCUGUUGGCUCUAGCUUUGGCUCAUUAGAGUGGUAUCAGUCUUAAAGUGAAUAAGCAUAUUUCCCCAAAAUAUCAAACUAUUCCUUUAAGCCAUGUUUAUAUUUAUGAUUUGAAAUAUGAACCUAUUUAAAGAUUCA